AUGGCCUGGAGAUUAAAACGAAAAUGCAUCAUUAUUUCCAUUCUAGUCCUAUUCGCUUUUCUAUUAUUCUUGGCUGAAAUUUCGUCGGAUUUUCGGCCACCAUUUAAAAAUCCUAGGCCACUUUUCGAUUUUAAUGAGACCGCAUUCUUGCCUGAACUGAAUUUAUCAGAUUCCUGCUUUCAAUGGCUCCUGGAACUGGGAGCCACCCCAAUUCCAGCAUUAUUGAUUGAUCGACACGUUUUGAAGCAGUUAAAGAGAGGCAAAUGUGAUAAUGUCGAUGUGAUAAAUACAGUCAAGAUCGGGGUGGACAUUGCUCAUCGUUGGAGAGCCGAAGUUUGGGACAAAAAAUUUGAAAUUUUAUUUUUUUCGAACGACUCAAAUACUGAUUAUCUGGAUUUCAACACUGAAAUUCGACGGAUUAUUCCACAAACAUUCCCAAGAAUUCGAGUGAAAAACCUCAUCGUGCCUACAGUAAUCCCGAAUUUUUUGGAAUUUUGGAAUCGUUCGAAAUUUGUGGAGUGCAAGAAUAUGACGAUGAAACGGGACUCAAAGCGAUUCGAGAAAUUUCCAUUUUUACAAAAAUUUAUUCUAAAAGAUCCGGAAAUUCCGAAUUUCGAGUCAGUUCGAAAUUUGGCGAAAUUGAGGGAUCAAUUUUUAAAAUUCGGAAUUUUCGCAUUUUUAAACGGUGGAACAUUUUUGGGGUGGUUCCGAGAAUGUACAGUAAUCCCGCAUACCACUGAUAUGGAUUUGGCAAUUUUUUCCGAAAAUUGGAAUUCCCAAUUUUUCGAGUUUUUAUGGUCUCGACAAUCGGAUUUUCGAGUAAAACGACAAUUGGGAAUGGUAAAUGAUUCCUACGAGAUUACUGUAGUUCCAAAAUCCGGAUUUCCAACACCAAUCGACAUUUUUUUGCUUUACGAAACGAAAAACGAGACAACCGGAGUGGAUUAUCGUUGGGUGGGCGGGACCGCAGUUGACGGCACGAAAUACAAAUACAUCUACCCUCCAUACGACCCAUAUUGCUCAGCUGAUCUUUUGGGACACAUUUUUUGGGUCACAUGUACACCGGAGGAUAAGGUUACGGUAGGUGCUUACUAUUAA